AUGGCAGGCGAAAGCACAAUCAAACCAAACCCAGGAAACAGUCAUCACGAAUUUACCAAAAUAACCCUCAGGCCUAUCGAAUUAUCGGACACAGACGAUUUCAUGGUGUGGGCAACAGAUGACAGGGUAACCAAAUUUUGCAUUUGGGACACAUACACUUCAAGAAGCCAAGCCCUUGAUUUCAUCACCAAUUUCGCCAUUCCCCACCCGUGGUUGCGGGCAGUUUGCCUCGACGAUCGGGCCAUCGGGUCGAUUUCAGUCAGCCCGAAUUCAGGCAACAACAGCUGCAGGGCCGAGCUCGGUUACGUGUUAGCUCACGAGCACUGGGGAAAAGGGAUAGCCACGGAAGCAGUAAAAAUGGUGGUCUCGAGUAUUUUUGGGGAGUUGCCGGGUUUAGAGAGGCUCGAGGCUUUUGUGGAUGUGAAAAAUAAAGGGUCACAAAGGGGCGGCCGUCAUAGUACCCUGUCCUCAGAUAUCUCUGGCGACGGCAUACUCCACGCGGGCCUGGUGACGGUUGGGGCCGAGCUGGGCUGA